UAGUUUGCAGUUCGGAUAUAGCCAACGAUUGUUGCAAAAUGUCCCUGGUUUAUUUAUCGAUCGCCGUGAUCUGGCUGCAAGUCGCCGUGCAGUGGUCGCGCGGGGCGGUGAUUAGUUCGGAGAUGAUGCACAACCACAAUCGAGAUCCUCGAGCUGUGCGCACCACGAAUACGGCGUACGGUUUAUGGCCAAACCCGCAGGCUAUCCUUUAUCGCAUCGGCGCCGGAUUCACUGCAACCGAUACAGCCGGGAUUCAGGCAGCGAUGGCCCAGAUCUCCGCCGACAUGAAUAACUGUAUUCGCUUCCAGCCGUAUACCAACGUGACAAAUGCCGGAACCGAUUUCAUACAGAUUUCCCAGACUCUGAGUAGCCCGACCACGGCCUCGGUAUCGACGGCCACAUGCUUCUCGUUUCCCGGUCGGGUGGUGCGCCAAGCCGGCAACGGGCAGACCCUCCUUAUGGUGGGCGGAGUGGAUGGAUGUCUGAGCAGCACACGAGAAAUCAUGAAAUAUCUAGUUAACUCUUUGGGAAUUCGCAAUGAGAUGAACAGACCGGACAGGAACGGUGCUAUUCAAGUGGUAGCCGACAAUCAGUUAAAACCAGGCUUGCAGAAUUUGGGCAUUACCACGAUCUUACCAGCCGCCACAACGACCCUGCUGACGACGAAUUUUGAUUACAAGAGUAUUACCAUGCCCGCGGUGACAAAAUACGUUAACACCGGGAAUCUGUAUAGUGCGGUGGGCGGUGCGGCGCUGCCCACGACCGGCAACACCGCACCCGGCAAUCUGGCCCGCCUCAGUCAAGGAGACUGUCUGGGCUUGCGCAUCCUGUAUCCUACCACCUGCACGGCCGCUGUGGCGCCGUGUCCCGACAAUUACGGUGGCACUGGGGCGUCCACUGCCAACGCCAAUGCCGCCACCGGCACCGGCACCGGCACCGUUAUCAACGGCACACCAGGAGGGACGCCACUGGAGCCGCCUCAAACAGGGAACGUUCAGUUCUAACUCUGCCCCCCGCGCCAGUUUCAGGCUAACAGUAUGCAUUGAUAUGAAUUAUUAUUGCAUAAUAUUUAUCCUGAAACUGGUCCGCUACCCAGAAAUUUUAGUUGAUAGCAUAAUGUUGUAUGCCCACUGAUAGAUGUUCAUUUAUUUAAGUAUACGUCUGCUCUCAUUGAUACACGUUACCCUGAGCCUGCUUUAUAAGUACCGGAAGUGCAGCUUAAGUUUUCAUAUACUUCUUGUAAAAAGCUUCGCACGGAUGUUGAUGUUAAGCAAACAAUUACAAACACAGCAGGCCGAGUCACCAUGA